AUGCCUUUGUACGAUGGGAGAGUUCGAAGAUAUCAUCUGGGUCCUACGAAUGAGCAUGGAGUUAUCACACAGACCGUUUCUCUACCACAAAGCCAUAUGGCAGACAGGAGUGUGAUCACAUCUGAAUUGUCAGGGUCGAAUGGACAGGUGUGCAUGCAAACGAGAUUCGCCAUUCCGCAUGGUUGGCUGUUGAUAUCCGAUAUCGAUGACUCCAUCAAGAUCACUUUGACUUCAGAGGCUGCCGGCAUAUUGCGUACAACAUUUGUGACAGACCCCGAGCCAAUACUAGGCAUGCCGGAGCUAUAUGAGUUUAUAGACAGAGAAUUGGAUCCAACAUGGAUGUAUCUGUCAGCAUCGCCAUACAAUCUGUACACAUUUCUGCGUAGUUUCCUGCACUCGUUUUAUCCUCCUGGUACUUUGCUAUUACGGCAAGCUACCUGGAAAGAUCUUCGAGAGUUUGUCAGAUCCUACAAUACCGGAACUCGAACGUACAAAAUGCAGCAAAUCGACAAGAUUCACAGUUGGCUUCCAGCUCGGAGAGUCAUCUGUGUUGGUGACUCGACUCAGAGUGACCCGGAGGUAUAUGCAGAAAUGUAUAAAAAACAUGAAGGCUGGAUUAAAGCUAUCUUCAUCCGCAAAGUGACCGAUAUACCACAUAUGGCGAAGAAGAACUCAUCGUUGAGGUUUCAGAAGGCGUUUGCGGGUGUUCCGCAUGGUAUUUGGAGGAUAUUUGAGCAUCCAAGUGAAUUGUACGAGUCUAUUGCGAGACUCAGCUUUGAGUUGCCGACUGUUCGAUCUUGA